AUGGAGGUGUUAGACAGCUGUAAAAUGCACGUUGAUGCUUUGAAGUCGAUAGCAGAUUUCCUAGAGCUCCCCGUUUCCGAACUCCAAUCAGAAACACUAAGACAAUCUAUUUUACCGGAUAUUCAGAAGUUUUCAGUGAAGGUGAGUGUUAAGAUGAACAGUUCGGGGUGAAUUUACCGAUUUCAGGAUGGAAGAAAUAAGUAUGAAGUCUACUUUUUGGACGAGAAUGGGGAAUUCGGCGGGUAUUUGAACUACACGGGGUCUUUGGUAAGCUUUUGUGAUAUUUUUAUUAUUCAUACCUAAAAAAUACAGGGUGCGGCAAUUUUUCGGCCUGAUUUUUGGCUAUAACUUUUUUAGUUUUUUGCCAAACCAAUAACUACGAACAAAACCAUGUAUAUAUAAUUUUGGUAUUAAACGAAAUCGGGAUAGCUGAGAGUUCAGGGAAAAAAGGAAUUUCAAAAUUUGGCCAAAAACUAAAAAAGUUGUAGCCAAUCAAUUAAAAUCACCCUUACUUCAGGCUGGAUUUUACAAUAGCCGGUAUCUAUUUGAAUGGAUAAAACACAAGAAACUUACCGUUCCAACAGGUCGAUAUCGCUGUUACAUCCGGAAUUCGUUCAAAUCCAUUCCGAAUAAUCGAUUUAUUAUUUUGUUGUUGCAAAUCCCAUCAGUCGAAACUAUUCAGAAGACCACACUCGAGGUUGAGGAGGUUUUCAAGAUUGUCGAUGUUUUGACAGAACUGCAUGGUGCUAAUGUUCGUAAGUAUUACGGGAAUUGUAUACAUUAUGUUAUUCUUCAGCUCCCAAGGCAAUUGAUACUGUAAAUAAGGAUAACUAUAUUCUUGUUCAAGGAUUUUAUUCCGUCUUCUUGAAACAUCAAGUCAAUCGCUAUCUCGAGGAGAUUCUGAACCGUUAUUCUGAAGUUUUUAUUCAUCCUGAAAUCACCUUGGAUAAGGUAAUAUUUUAGUGGGGAAAAGUGAAGCACAAUUCACGUUAUGUCUCAUUAUGACAAGAUGACCAAUAAUUAGGGUUGUUAAUUUAACGAUUUUUUUUCAAUCUGGCGUCAAAUUGCGUCAAAUCAGCGUCAUUUUGGCUAAAUUGAAACUUUUGAUAUACGAAGCUUUCAAACGCGAGUUCAAGGUAGACUAUGGUGAAUACCGUUAAUAUUAGACACAACUAGUUUUACUGCUUAUUUCAUCGGUAGUUUUGACAAGAAGGGGCGAUUUAGUUCCUAAACAAAUUAAAAUUCCUAUCAUUUUUUAGUAAAAAUUGACAAAAAUUUCCCAAAGAAGUUCAAUUCAAUCAAAAUGACGAUUUGACAUAACCAAAAUGACGACUAUUUGACAACGUGACUGACGCGUCAAGUUGACGACUAAAACACUCUGCGAAUAAUAUUGCACUGAUUUCAGUUGGUAUACUUGUACAAAAGUUUCCUUUCUCUGGAGUAUGCCUUUUCAACAGAUCCGAAUGUUCAGAAAGUUUUUUGUCACGGGAAUUUAUCUCCGGAGAAUAUUAAUUUUGACCAGGAGGGGAACGUAGCUCUAAUAAAAGGAUGGGAGGUAUGUCUUUGUCAUAUUUUUGAAGGGUCUUGUAGAACUGUCAUUUUGGAGAUCCAAUUGAAGACUUGGCUUAUCUCAUGUUAUCUUCUUUGGAUAAACAUCAACGAAGGCCGAAUGUGAUGAAGAUUCUGAAGAGAUAUUACUACAAGAUGGUCGAUUCGCAUAAGACUCCUUGCACGCUGCAGAUCCUCAAAGCUUCUUACCUCAGAUAUUUAAAAUAUUUUGUGUUUUUCAAGUAAGCAGAUUGCUUUUUGUAUUCAUGAUUAUUGUUAUGAUUGUCGUUUCAGCCUGCUUUCAAUUUGGCAACAUUUAAAUGAUCCGGAUGUCUUUUACAAAACGAAAGUAACUCUAGUCCGAAGAUGGAAUGAUGUCGUCGAAGAGUGUUACAGCUAUGAAAAAGGGGAAUAUCACCUCGAAGAAGAGCAGUUUUGA